AUAUUCACUUCUUCAUUCGAAUAUUUUCACUAACUCUUUUACACAAGUUUUUAGAUUAUUUCCCCUCUAAAUAUCACUUUAGAUGCUGAAACACCACUACGAGCUACAGAUAAGAGCUUGAAUUCGAUAAAAAGUUUAAGAAAUUGCGGGUUGAAGGGCAAAAUGAGUGAGGAAAGCUCAGUGGAAUCCAACGAUUCGCCUUCACGUGCCGAAGAAGGCAGUAUCUCCGGCAUGGAGACAAGGGUUUGUAUUGUGGGAAAGAAGAAUUUUGAGAAUGAAGAACUGUUGAAGGCUUUGGAGACUCUUAAAAUCCCUACCAUAAAAACAGAAGACACCAAAGACAUCCUUAAAACAAUCAACGAUGAAGUAGAAACAGUCUUUGUCUGUGACCCCUUUGAAGGGGAAGAAUUCCUCAACCUCCACAGAGAAGAACAAAGAAUCAUUGGUCCACCUGUUGUACUGGCUUGCGCCAAGAACAACCUAACCCUCCCAUAUAAUUCCCGGCCGCUCUACUGUUCCAUUAUGGCUAAUCAUAUCAUUUGUUUCACUGGGUUCAAAAAGAAGGAAGAAAUGGGCAAGCUGUGUAACUUGGUACAUCACAUGGGUGGAAGCAUUCGGGGUGAGCUGAGUGGGCGGGUAACGCACCUGGUAGCAAGCUCUGUCCAUGGACAUAAAUAUGGGACUGCAGUUAGUCUAGGAAAACCAAUUAUGACAGUGGACUGGAUCUAUGCUUGUUGGGACAAGAAAUUGGAUUUGAAUGUGUCUGCAUCUAGUGACGAAAUGGACAAAUUCAAAAUGGCUCCUUUCCAUGGUUUGUCAUUGAGUUUUUAUGGUUUUUCUGACGAGGAGAAGAAACACAUGGAAGAGUCAACUGAACAACAAGGUGGUAAAUUUGUCGAUUCAAGUAAUGCGAGCUGUACUCAUGUAGUGGUGGAGGAUGGAGUUAAGGAACUUCCUGAUAACAUCAGAAACUCGUCACAAACAUUUGUAGUAAAACAAGAGUGGUUUUGGGCAAGUAUUCACAUGGAUGGAUGUGCUGAUGAAUCGCUCUACCCAUUCACCUCCACCCCUCAUGAUCAAACCACCAAGCAGAACACUCCGGCCAGCGUAGGACGAAAACGAAAACGCAAAAAAAUCAAGGAAUCUGACAUCACUGACCUGCUAUCCCCAGACUCUCCUCUAUUCAAAAACAAGAGAAAGAGUGGGGACUUGUUAUCAGUCUCUGGUUCAUUGCUCGACUACACGCUUCUGUCGCCCGCCACCCCAGUAGCUGGACGAGGCGAUGCCACACCCAGUGGUACCAUCACCCCUCUUAGCACCCCUAAACCUGCUCCAACAGCAAGACAACAAGUUACCAUGGAACUACUCCAAACAGAAAAGAACUAUGUUGGAAUACUGACUACCAUAUUGAAGGUGUUCAAGGAGCCCCUCGAGACCGAUCCACGUGGUCCUAUCGUACCUACAGAGAGUAUCAAAACCAUAUUUGGUAGUCUCCCUGACAUCCUCGAUGUACAUACUAAGAUCAUGGAAGAGAUAGAAGCCAUUAUAUCUUCCUGGUCAGAAGACAAGUGUAUUGGAAAAGUGAUUCUUAACCACGCCGACGUACUGUGCAAGGUCUAUCCGCCUUUCGUUAACUACUUCGAGAUGAGCAAAGAAACUGUUAACAAACACGACAGAGAAAAUCCUAGAUUCCAUGCAUUCCUCAAGGCUUGUUUGAGUAAAUCAGAAUGUGGUCGUCAGUCUUUGGCUGAGCUGCUUAUACGACCCGUGCAACGGCUACCGAGUAUGAAUCUUCUAUUAUCAGAUAUUCUCAAGAGAACAGACAAGAACAAUCCUGAUUACGUGCCUCUUAUGCAAGCAUCUGACGCCCUGAAGAACGUUAUGAUGCAUAUCAAUGAAGACAAACGAAAAACAGAAGGUCAAGUACAGAUGUUCGAGAUCCUACGAGACGUGGAUGGCUGCCCUGCGUACAUUUUAUCGUCACAUCGUAGCUACGUUACUAAAGCUGAUACUUUUGAGCUUGGAGACGGCGUAUGCGGCAAAGGAGAACCCGUUACGAUAUUCCUAUUCAACGACAGUUUAGAGAUGACGAAGCGUCGUGGGAUGAAGAUAAACAAAGCAAUGAAAAGUCCUGCGGCCAUUCGAACCCCGCAGAAGGCUUACAAACACUUAGAAUUUAUUCCUCUAUCUCACGUCAGAAGGGUGGUCAAUAUACGAGAUAAUGAAGAUUGUCAGAAUCUGUUUGGUAUUAUCUAUCGCGUUGCUAAUGAAAUGAAAGAAAAGCUGUUGAUGUUCAGACUCAUCAACGAUGACAUCCAGAAAGAAGAUUGGUUAUAUAAACUUACCAUGGGCCUGGCAAAUACCGCAUGUACCACUGACACUGAAAACUUUGUGACAACUGUAGAUCCUCAGGAGUUAAUGCUGAGCAAGAGUGACCUCUCUACGGGUGGUACACUAAGUAGAGCUGUUAGGGUUGCCAAACGUACAACCAGAAAAGUAAGUCGUGCCUUGUCAAUGAAUAAAACACCAAGAAAGAGUAACAUGGUCAGACGUUCUUCAUCGAAUGUUACUCCAAGUCGUGAGGUGUUUGCUGGUGCGAGUCCUUUAGCAACAUCAUCAAUAUACAACCAGAAUGUACCAAUAGGAUUGCGCGGUAGGGCAAUGAGCGUCUGUGAAGGGAUGGACUCCGAGUUAAUGGAUGUCGAUUUGAAAGUUCGAAGAUCAAUGUCAAUCAGCGAAGAACGCUAGAUCAAAGAACGUCUUUUUAGAUCAAAUUCAUUGUUAUAUAGAAAUUACUAGCUCAAGUCAAUGAAUAGUGGAAAAUUCAUUGCGAAGGGCGUUGGGUAUAGAUUAUAUUGUUAUACAGUUAUUCGGGCAAAACAUUAGUAUUAUUAUAAUCCUUGUAAUUAACAUUACUUGAUCCUAGAGUGAAGUAACUAAACCCGUGGGGGAGAGAGCACUAAUUGUUUUAGUCAAAUCCAACUAGUCGAUCAAAUAUAUGAAUGCUAACAAGUUUUGAAUUCAAAGUACAUUUAAUGUUAUGCAUCUCAAAGCCGGCACUUUUCGCUACUACAGUAGUAGGAUAUAGCCAAGUGGUAGCUCAUCCAAUCAGAACGCAGCAUUGAUGUUAGACCACUAGUUGGAUUUGAUUAAUACACAUUAGUCUCUUUCCAUUGUUUUCUUUUGUGUCUAUAUGAGUAUUACAUGUUGACUAACAUUUUUUUAUUUCUCGGGUUAAAUGUUUUCACUCCAUCGCAUCCUCAAAGAUAACAAUAUAUGAAAAGUUAAUUCUUCCAGCACCGACUAUUUCACUAAUUCUUCUCUUCGAAAUUCGUUCCAUUAACUUAUCGCGCAUCAUAGGCUGCGCAACGACGUAAAACCCAUUCAAGUUAACAAUUAGACGCGAAGACCAAAUAAUCUACUAUUAACUCGUAAACCUUGAGGUCUAAUUGUGUUAGGCUCAUGUCAAACGUUGAACUCCAUAUGAGCCGAACCUAAUGACAUCAAAGAAGACCGCCUUGUUAUCCAUUGUUUCAAUUACGUUCGGCUCAUAUAAAGUUCGACGUUUGACCUGAGCUUUAGCAUAAAUCUACUUUCGGGUAAAUAAGGCUAAAAACGCGAGUUCGCCAACAUUCUUUGAUAUCGGCUCUAUUCGUAGUCCUUUAUUUUUGAAACUUAAUUAUUUAGAAUAACUUCUGAAGUAAGCACAUUGAACAGUCGGUGCAUCUUUGUAUAUAAUACUUUAAUCUUUACCAUAAUCUGUGAACAAAUCUAUUUUGCAAGGGAUAUCUGUGUCAAGCGAUCUCCAAAAUAACACUGACCACAGGUAACCCAAACCGUUGAUCUUUCUAUCUUAUAAAUAUGCGAGUAAUAAGAUGAUUCAUGAUAAUUAUAAGAGUGUAGUAUAAAAUAUCUAAUGGUUAUCUUAAAAUGAUUAAAAGAGGCUAAAUAUU